GCACAGAUUCUUCGAAACAGAUGUACGAGGAUGGAGAUAUUGUCUUCUGCAAGAACAAUGUAUGUGUCCACCCUCCAUCACGUUACCGAUGCGAUGGGGAGAGAGUCCACCAUCCUGGCUACCUAGUAAUCAAAUGCCGGGCUGACAGCACUCUGGGCACAACACUCCACCUCAACUGGAUCCCUAAUGACCGCCUGCGCCGAAACCAUGAGCUGAUUUCACAGAUGAAGUAUGUGGGCCUGGAGGGCAGCAGCUCCAGCAACUCGCCCUGCCCAACCUCAGACUCGGAAUCUCUCUCCGUCUCGUCCUUGGUGCUGCACGACGGGAACAGCACGGUGAGAAAGGUUUUCAGCCUGGAGGGCAGCAGCUCCAGCAACUCGCCCUGCCCAACCUCAGACUCGGAAUCUCUCUCCGUCUCGUCCUUGGUGCUGCACGACGGGAACAGCACGGUGAGAAAGACCUCGUUGGAUGAUGCAGCCAUGUCCACAUCUGGCAUUUCGUCAAUGGACACAGCAAGUGAGGUCACGCAGCCCAAGGACGAGAAUAGCCCUAACAGUGAAGGAAGCAGCAGUGUAGAGCAGCCUAAAGAAAAAGAUGAGGGAGAUGGAGAAGAAACAAUAGAAAGUGGAGACCCAAGGGACGAGAUAACCAAAGAUUCCCAGGAGAGCGAGCAGAGCGACCUCCUGGCCAGCAACGAAGAAGGGGCGGAAGACCGGGACGACGAAGACAGCAGAGAAGACUCGGGCAGCUCGGGGGACGCGGAAGAGGUCGACAAGGAAGGGACACUGCGGGGACGUCAACUGCAAAGUGAAGGUGAAGAUAGUCUAGACUCCUCUCCUGAACCCCAGUUGUCUCCUACUCCUCAUUACUUCACAUCGUCUAGUGAAGAAAAUAUAUAUCAUUCCUUGAUUUUAUAUUUAAGAGAAUUAUUUGCCUUGCAGACCUCGUUGGAUGAUGCAGCCAUGUCCACAUCUGGCAUUUCGUCAAUGGACACAGCAAGUGAGGUCACGCAGCCCAAGGACGAGAAUAGCCCUAACAGUGAAGGAAGCAGCAGUGUAGAGCAGCCUAAAGAAAAAGAUGAGGGAGAUGGAGAAGAAACAAUAGAAAGUGGAGACCCAAGUAGUGAGGAGAGAGACGUGGGAAGAAAUGAAGAAGGGGAAGGAGAGAGAAAUGACGAGUGGGCCACGGGAGAGAACGAAGAGAAAAGGGGCGAGGACACGGGAGAAGAGAAGGGGGCGAAGAGCAUCUCGGACGAAGAGGAGAACACCGAGACGGGGGACGAGAUAACCAAAGACUCCCAGGAGAGCGAGCAGAGCGACCUCCUGGCCAGCAACGAAGAAGGGGCGGAAGACCGGGACGACGAAGACAGCAGAGAAGACUCGGGCAGCUCGGGGGACGCGGAAGAGGUCGACAAGGAAGGGACACUGCGGGCGAGGGACAUGCACAAGCUCAGAUACAUAUCGUCGGACAGCAGCUCGGACGGAGAGAAGCCCGCAGAGACUCUGACCAUCGCCAACGGGAAGGGAAAUCCAUUGCAGGGACGUCAACUGCAAAGUGAAGGUGAAGAUAGUCUAGACUCCUCUCCUGAACCCCAGUUGUCUCCUACUCCUCAUUACUUCACAUCGUCUAGUGGAGAUCAGUAUUGGUACGAAAGGAGCGCAGAGUCGAUGGCCUACUCAGCCAACCUCGCCUUCCCCGAUUCGUCUCUCUCCUCCUUCUGCCCGACACCUGUAGACGGAGGGUCCUCGCCCAUCAGGAGGGAACACAAGUGUGGCAUAUUCAGCAUUGACGUCAGUCAGUGUAGGUCACUGCGUCUGUUCUUCAGCGACCGAGAGCACACAUGUGGCCAAUUGGUCAUUGCCAGCCAAGAGAGUCAGUACAAAAUAUUCCACUUUCACCACGGAGGGCUGGACAAGUUGGCUUCAGUGUUCGAAGACUGGAACUUCCUCGUAAAGCCACAAGACGAAGAGGGCAAGGCAAUGGACUCAGCACUGAAGCAAUUCAUGGUCUGCAGGCCACAAGUGAGUGAGUCGGAAUGCCACCCAGAAGAAGGACAGCACCCACGUCUAGAUGCAGAAUUGUGGAUCACGUACUUCAGUGAGGAUGGAAUGAUUGAGGAUGACCUCACUCUCCGUCGCGCUAUAUUCUUCGGGGGUGUCGAGCCCCAGCUGAGAGCAAAUGUGUGGCCAUUCCUGCUGCAUUACUACGACUACCGAACGACCUUUGUACAGCGCCAGGCAAUCAUGGAGGAGAAGCACCAGAUUUACGAUAAGAUAAACUUAGUGAGAGAAAACAUGAGUGGUGAAGAACGUGAUUGGUUUAUGAGGAAUGUGCAGUGUACGGUGGAAAAGGAUGUGGUACGCACAGAUCGCUCCAACCCAUGUUUUGCCGGCAACGACAAUCCGAACUUGGAAAAGAUGAAGAGAAUCCUCCUGAACUUUGCAGUGCACAAUCCAGUUAUGGGAUACACACAGGGAAUGUCAGAUAUACUGGCCCCCAUCCUUGCUGAAGUUCGCAACGAGGCUGACGUUUUCUGGUGCUUCACGGGACUCAUGAGCAAAACCAUUUUUGUGACAUCACCAAAGGAUGAAGAUAUGGAAAAGAAUUUGAGUUACCUCCGUGAGCUGUUGCGAAUAAUGGUCCCGCGUUUCUAUAACCACAUGGCUAGUCAGCAGGAUGGCAUGGACCUGCUCUUCUGUCACAGAUGGAUACUCUUGUGCUUCAAGCGUGAGUUCCCCGAAGAUGAGGCCUUGGCAAUGUGGGAAGCUUGCUGGAGUAACUACCAGACGGACUAUUUCCACCUCUUCCUUGUCGUGGCCAUUGUCAGUAUGUACGGCAAUGACGUUGUAGACCAGAAUCUUCGGCCAGACGAGACUCUGCUCUACUUCACUUCCCUGGCCAAUCACAUGGAUGGCCGCAUGGCUCUACAAAAGGCUCGAGGUUUGCUCCACCAGUACAGAAGCAUGAGCCAUCUCCCUUGCACACUGGUUGGCCUUUGUGAGCUGUGUGGGCCGGGCAUGUGGGACUCUGGGCACGUGCCGGUCGUUACUUGCGUGGGACACCCAGACGACAAGCCAUGCCCCCUCAACCAGCCAUCCUCUAACACUGAUGGAAACGCCUCCUCUACGACAGCAUCCUGACACACCACCAGGAAGGUGCUCCAUCAGUUUGUCAUCUGUAAAUGAGAUGGAAGCUCAAAGGACGGGACGAAAGGAAGGAAGAUGAGCCUGAACAGGGAAUCGCCCGCUGGAGAACGGGGGGGGG